GACCGCAUGUUGGCGCUCACCUUCACGGGAGGACUGGCCUCUCAAAACGUCAUCUUCUUUAGUACUGAUAUUAUGGCUCCCGCGGCUAAUCGAAAUCGCUACCGCUAGGAAUCUCUGAUUAGAUAGCUUUGGAAAUUAUGUACGGCUACUAACAACAUCUACAUCAUUGAAUUUUCCUUCCGAUUGUUGUGGCCCUUUUCGGUAGUGCUUGUCCUCAUGUAAAACUAGAUACAUUUGGCGCAUCAAUAUUUUUCACACUCCGUCUAGCUCUUCCUGAGGACCUAUAUGUUUCACACGACGACAUCAUAACUAUUUGAGUCCGCACUUCACCACGCAUCAUAAUUAAACACUAGCGACUACCACGAGGAUUAGAAACUACCAUGGCUUCGUUUGAGUACCAGCACAGUAUCCUGUACAAGGGUGAGAACCCGGCUACUGCCGCGUUCGUGCCAAAGAACAGAGCAAAACAGGCAGCGAAAGUAGUUCGACAUAGACCUGGUCUUGAACCCUCCUUUUACCGCAAAGAUGCUGAGGACCAGGCCAGAAAGCAGCAGGAGGAGGACCGAAGAAAAAGACAGCAGGAAAGAGAUGACCGAAAAUAUCGAGGAAGUACUUUUUCGCUUUUGGGUGUGUGUUAUUGAUGAAAUCUUCAUUAGAAUUUCAUCAGGAUUUUUGGAAGAACAAGCAACUACUACUUUCAUCCAUUUCUGCAUAGGAAAAUAACAUCUCGAUUCAUCCUUUUCACCUUACCCUCCUCCUCUCCCCUCCAUGCCCCCAUCAUCAAACCACAUCAAAAACAGUUUCCCGCUGGGGCCCUUCGAAAACGGAGGCUAAGAAGGUAUUCGGAGGCGUAGCGCAGACGCGAGUUGCGGUCGUCGCACAAAAACAGAUAGGAGACUCACUAGCAGAAAGAAUAGCGAAACGACAGCAAAUAGCGCAAGAAGGGGCCAUCGAAUUGAGCAGCAGUGACGACGACAAUGAGUACUACAAGAUUCUUCAGGUCGUGUUGCUGUUUUCAGACGAUCAUGUUGUCGUUGUAAUGAAAUUUUUGAUCAACAACUAAGUAAUUUUGGAAUUGAAAAAUUAUACAAAUAGAUACAUCAUCUAAAAGUUGUGACUGGUCCACUUUCACCCCUUUCAAUUUCCAGCAAAUCCAAUAUCAAAAACAGCCUCGCAGCUGGUGUACCCCUCUCCAAGCCUUUAGUAAGACCUGGACAGCAAGCAGCCGCUGAAGAAUCUGAAGAUAUAUCAGAAAGCGACGAGUCAUCAGUCGACGAAGGUGAUGCCCAAAAGCGACAAAUUGCACUGCAAAGGGCCAAGGCAAUAGCACAACAGGGAGGCUCAGCCUCAUCAACAGCAUAUAGUGGGGGAGCUUUAGUCCCAGCGAUAACGACCGGAGGAGGAGGAGCACAAGUGCUUGACGAUAGCGACUCAGACGACGAGAGCAGUAGCGACAGAGAGAAUCCAGGAGCAUUGUUGGCGAAGCCGGUUUUCGUGAGGAAAGGUAUUAAAUCAAUACUUCUAACUAUGUUGCGUACAAAAUGGAUGUGGAUCUUUCACGUCGUUCAAUAUCUAUAUCAAUUUCAACAGAAAAGAUAAAGAAUUUAGUUGAACACGCAAGACCACGUGCGUUCCUCAAUUGACAUCAAAUACUCCACAAACAUUUCAGGUCACCGUGCGCUUGACCGCGAGCGAGCCGCUCAAGCAGCUGCUGAACAGGAGGCCCUACAACAGCAAAAAAUCAUAAAGCGACAGAAGAAAGAGGAAGCUAAACUUCAAGUCGCAACAAUCGUCGCUGAAGAGGAACAACAAGCUGCCAAUGCAAGCAAAGUCGUGCAUUCCGAAUCCGAAUACAGUCUCGACUCGGAGGAAGACGAUACUGCUGAAGCCUUAGAAGAGUGGAAAGUCCGAGAGCUCGAAAGAGUGUUACAUCUGCAGAAGCUGAGAACGCAACGCAUCGAGGAAUUCGAACAUUUGGAGAGGAGAAGAAAUAUGACCGAGCAAGAGCGCCAAGAAGACGACGAGCGGUUGGACAAAUUGGAACCAGAGACGGUCAAGUCCGUCAAAUACACGCACAUGCAGAAGUACUACCACCAGGGUGGUUACUUCCAGGACAAAGCGCAGGAUGGCUCCGAAGCUUUGUACAGGAGAGACGUGAACCAACCUUUGGCCAGCGAGAAGUUCGACAAGCAGUUACUACCGAAGAGCAUGCAGGUGAGACGUGGCCAGUUCGGUGUCAAGGGCAACGUCAAGCACAACAGCUUGAAGGAGGCGGAUACAACGGAUUUCAGCAGUGCUUGGAUAGACGAGGCGCAGAAAGCGAAAAGGGAAAAAUACAUGGCAGUGAUGCAAGAUCAAGAAAGGCAACGACAGGAGAAGUUGAACGAAAUGAACAAGAUGGGACAAAGAUGAUACACCAUGCAUUUGGUGCUCUAUCUUCAGCACUUUCGCUUUUGCUUUUGUUUUUCCCGGAGGAUACUUUUUGCCUCUUGUAUCCUGCUUGACGCGGUCAGUCAUUCGCGCUGGACUUUAUCAAGACGACUUCACCUCCCAAAUCAGGUAUCCCCUCUCCAACGCACUUACCCACACCCUUGCGCAUGACAACAAAGUGUCUAUCCCCAAGCGACUUCUUUUUGCGACUUCACCUCAGUGUCAAUUGACAUAAGGUCAACCUUCGUAACUUGGUUUUGUCCGCCUUGUAAAGAUC